AUGUACCGGCGCUGCUACGUCUUCCAGGCCAGCCAGGAGCGCUACGAGUGCGCAGAGCCUGAGGGUCCGGCCGAGCCCCGAGUGGCUGCGCCGGGCUUGGAGGCGCUUCGUGCGUUGGGUGAGCACGUGGCAGGCCACAUCCAGCGGGCCCCCGCCCUCCAGCAGCGCCACGCCGGCCUGCGGCGGCAGCUCGACGCCUUCCAGCGCCUGGGCGAGCUGGCCGGGCCCGAGGACGCCCUCGCCCGCCACAUCGGGGCCAACCUGCAGCGUGUCCGGGAUCUGUAGGCCGAGCGCACGCAGCUGGAGAGCCAGGCGGCCGUGGCGCAGCGCGCGCUUGACAGUUCCGCAGCAACUGAGCUGCUCAGACUACCUUGGAACUGGCUUGUGUGCAUACAGGCGUGUCAGUUGCCCUUACCUGUGAUCAGACCUUCUAAUUCUGAGAAUACAGCCCUUUUAUGGCUAUAUGAAAAUGAGUGUGAAUGUCAACUGGUGUUAAAAGAGAUGCUUGAACGUCUUAACAGGGAAGCUGAUGAAGCCUUAUUGCAUAAUCUGCACCUUCAGUUGGAAGUUCAGUUUCUGCAGGCCUACAUCAGUGUGGCCAAGGACAGGUACAAAAAGAAUCAUCUGGAAAUUCAGACCUACAUCAGUAUCCUGCAGCAGAUCAUUCAGACUGCCCCUCAAGUGCCUAUAGUUCCCGGUGGGAUGAGGGAGGAGAAGCUGGUGAUAGAACGAGAAGUUGCUGCCCUGCAUCAGCUGGAGGAGGGCCAGGAGAUGCUCAACCACCUGCAGGCACAGAAAGCUGAACUGCAGGCCCAGACAACAGCCCUGGAACAAGCUAUUAGAAAUGCUCAUGAGUGUUAGGAUGAUGAGAUACAGCUUUACAAUGAGCAGAUCGAAAGCCUGAAGAAGGAGAUAGAGGAAGCCAAGUGAUCUCUGGAGAAGUCAUCUUAUGACUGCUGGCAGCUGGCUGUGGCUCAGCAGACCCUGAGGAAUGAGCUGGACCGGUAUCAUUGGAUCAUCGAGAUCGAAGGCAACAGGCUGAGCUCUGCUUUCACUGAGACUCCCAUCUCCUUGUUCACACCAAGCUAUGGGGCCUCUCUCAGCCUUAGAUCCAGUGGGAAAGAUCUCAGCAGGGUUGUGCAAGAUAUCACUACAGCUAAACCCAGACAAAACAGCCUCUCCAAGAAUCUUCCAAAAAAGAUGAUAGCUCAAGACAAAGCAGACGAAACUCUGGAUGAUGCACCGUUAAAGAGUCUGAAAGACCCAAAGCCAGUGCAGGGGAAACUUAAAGACGAAGAUGACUCUCAUCUGGGUUCAGAGGGUGGAGAUGAAGAAACUACCCCAACACAAGAAGGGGGUCCUAAGGAUGUGCCAGAUGGGGGAAAGAUAAGCAAAGCCUUUGGGAAACUCUGCAAAGUGGUCAGGGAGAGAGUGAGAGGCUCCAAAGAGCCUGUGCCAGAGCCACCCACUGACCUGUACACCAAAGGGCGGCACGUGCUGGUCACAGGGCAUGUCAGUUUUGUGGACCCUGAGUUCCAUUCCUCCUCCAUCCCAGCUAGAGGUGGGGUAGUGGUUUCCCUCCAGGAAGACCCUACAUAUCAUGAGGGCCAUGUGGAACCCUGUCUUGAGCAGCCCAUUUUGCCUGUGGAGAAUGGUCAGGGGGCUCCGGGCAGGGCAGGUGAGCACCCAAACCAUCAUCAGGCUACAGACAGGGAGAAUGGGAUAGAUUCCAAAGAACCAAAGGGCCCCGAGGAAAACGAUGAUGAUGGCCAGAAGGAAGAUGAAGGGUCCAAGAGACCCUGCCCUGUGGUCAUAUCUGGUCCAGAGGGAUCAUCUACAUCCCAUUCACAAAGGGCUGGGACCAACCAGGAUGGAGCAGAGGGGCAUGGGAAUAAGAACAGUAGCCUGCUGGCAAAAAGCCCUCCUAAGGCUUUGGCUUUUAAGAAGGUGGAGAUGGUGGAAUCCAUUGAGAAGAUUUCAACAGAGAGUAUACAGACAUGUGAGGAAACAUAUGUAAUUGUGGAGACAGUGAUUGGAAAGACAAAGGGUAACAAGAAACCCGGAGCUGGAGGGAAGAAAGUAUCUGGGGCCAAUGUAGGGGGGAUGCUUUGAUGUGAUAGGAGUGAGGGUUCCUGUUUGGAUCAGAUCAUAGUGGACCUGUCUGACAUUGCUAGUGGCCUUCAUUAAAAUGCUUUCUUUGCUUG